UGUAAAACAGCGUAAACUCUUAAUUACUCACCUUCCCUCUCCUACCCCGUAUACUCGUCAUUUCCAUCCCUUUAAUUCUCAUUUGAUACACAAUCACAAUCUUCUCUCUCCUACACUGUAAAUACCACACAUAUUCUCACUCCUCCUUCAUGGCCUACAAUCACAUCUUCUGUCCGUAAAAUCUUAUUAUUCUCUAUCUGUAUUUCCUACUGCUUCAUUUUUGGUUCGUAUAUCAUGGGAUUUGGCGAUUUACGACACUUCUCUAAACACGACAACUACUUAUUCUUCUUCCAUACUACUUGCUGCAGACUUUGUUUCUACUAGGAGCCUCUCUAGCUACAUGGAGUUCGGCAGUGCUGGAGCAGGCGGUGGCUCCGGGGACGAUCACUACGAUGCCUUUGAUCCUUACCGUAGAAAGAAACGUUAUCAUCGCCAUACUGCUGAUCAGAUUCAGAAGCUUGAAGGAAUUUUCAAAGAGUUUCCACAUCCAGAUGAGAAGAUGAGACUGCAAUUGAGCAGAGAGUUGGGUUUAUCCCCUCGUCAGAUUAAGUUUUGGUUUCAAAACCGGAGAACCCAAAUGAAGGCGCAACAUGAGAGAGCAGAUAACUGUGCACUUCGUUCUGAAAAUGAUAAGAUUCGAUGUGAAAACAUUGCAAUCAGAGAGGCCUUGAGGAAUGUAAUAUGCCCUUCUUGUGGUGGUCUUCCUGGUGGAGAAGAUCCAUACUUUGAUGAACAAAAGUUGCGCAUACAGAAUUCACAACUGAAAGAAGAGCUUGACAGAAUUUCAAAUAUGGCUGGAAGGUACAUUGGGAGGCCUAUUUCUCAACUCCCACCAAUUCAACCUUUUCAUAUAUCUUCAUUAGACUUAUCCAUGGGAAGUUUCGGAUUUCAAGGAAUGCCUGGUCCUUCAUUUGACCUCGAUCUUCUCCCUGGUAGUUCGUCGAAUGUUCCAAACAUUCCAUAUCAGAGAGUGAGCUUAACAGAUAUGGAUAAGUCACUUAUGGCUGAUAUUGCUGGUAAUUCUAUGGGUGAGUUGAUUCGGCUGUUGCAAAGCAAUGAGCCAUUUUGGAUGAAGUCCAUUGCUGACGGAAAAGAAGUACUCAAUCUUGAAAGUUAUGAGAGGAUUUUUCCAAGAAUUAAUAGUCACUUGAAGAAUCCUAAUGUUCAUAUCGAGGCUUCAAGGGAUUCUGGUGUUGUGAUCAUGAAUGGUUUGGCACUAGUUAAUAUGUUCAUGGACUCGAACAAAUGGGUUGAGCUAUUUCCCACCAUUGUCUCGAGAGCUGCAACAAUCGAAGUAAUUUCUUCUGAAAGAAUGGGUAGCCAAAGUGGUUCCCUACAACUUAUGUACCAAGAGCUGCAAGUCCUAUCGCCACUGGUACCAACUCGACAAUUUUGUUUCCUUAGAUUCUGUCAGCAAAUUGAGCAAGGUUCGUGGGCUUUGGUUGAUGUUUCUUAUGAUCUUCCGCAAAAUAACACGUUUACUUCUCAAUGCCAAGUUCAGCGGCUGCCUUCUGGAUGCCUAAUUCAAGACAUGCCUAAUGGCUACUCCAAGGUAAGUUGGAUGGAACACAUGGAAGUUGAAGAUAAAGUACCUAUUCAUAGGCUUUACAGAGAUCACAUUUACAGUGGCUUUGCUUUUGGUGCUGAAAGAUGGAUUUCUACUCUUCAAAGAUCUUGUGAAAGAAUAGCCUGCUCACUGGUUAUUGGACCUUCAAUUCAUGAUAUUGGAGGAGGUAUAACAUCUCCGGAUGGUAAACGAAGCAUGAUGAAACUUUCUCAGCGGAUGGUCAACAACUUUUGUUCUAUAAUUAAUCUGCCCAACAGUCAGCAAUGGACUGCGUUAUUUGGGACAGAUGAGUUGGAAGUUCGAGCCAGUAUCCACAAAUUUACUAAUCCUGGGCAGUCUCAUGGCAUGGUCCUUAGCGCAGCCACCACUAUUUGGCUGCCAGUUCCUUCACAAAUUGUUUUCAAUUUCUUCAAAGAUGAAAGAACUCGAGCUCAGUGGGAUGUUCUUUCGGAUCAAAAUCCUGUCCAUGAAGUUGCUCACAUUGCCAACGGAUCUCAUCCUGGGAACUGUAUCUCUGUUCUUCGGGCUUUCAAUACUAGCCAGAGCAACAUGUUAGUCCUCCAGGAAAGCUGCAUAGACUCUUCGGGUUCUUUAGUCGUGUACAGCCCUGUAGACCUACAUUCCAUAAACAUAGCCAUGAGCGGUGAAGACCCUUCAUUCAUCCCCCUCCUCCCUUCAGGAUUCACAAUUUCUCCGGAUGGUAAGACUGAUAUAUCACAACAUUCAAAAUCUCAUGAUCAGGGAGCCUCAAGUAGCAGUGCCACGACAACGUCAGGGUCACUGCUAACAAUUGUGAUACAAAUCAUGGUGAGUCAUAAUAUGGCAUCAAGCGGCCCAAAAAUGAGCCAGGAGUCGGUGAACACGGUUAAUAACCUUAUGGGAAAUACAGUGCAGCAAAUUAAAGUAGCCUUGAAUUGCUCUAGUUGUUGAAAUUAAUCAGCUCAGUUUGGAAAAAGUUAAUAUUUAGUGGGGAGUUGAGCUUGGUUAGUUGAGAGCUCUGAAUGCAGUAUCAUCAAUAGCUAUGAAGCUCAUCACUUAUUGCUGCAAGCACACCCUUUCUGCGACAACCGGGGAAAAGUGUUUUUACUUUUCUCAACUUCAUUACCAUUUUCAACCACUUUCGACAACCAUUUAUUAUUUAUUUAUAUAGUUUGUUAGUGGUUUGAGUUAUAUUUUUGUGGUUCGAUUUUUAUUUUUGUGGUUCAAAAGGAGUCAAGAACGCACCAUAGAUGAGAGGCUGCAGGAGUCUGAGAAUUCAUAAAUCUCUCUGCUGAAUUUUUAAAUUUUUUUCGUGAUGUGUGUUUUUUGUAACACAGCAAGGACAAUGUAUGGUUCGGGUAUUGACUUCUGUUGAUGAACUCUGUAUACUUUUGCUUCUUUUUUUAU